AUGGGAGACAAAAGCGGAACACCGCACAAUCUAGGAUGGGGCGAGAUCGUCGCAGAGAUUAACAUUAUGAUGAAUGCGGGACACGAUACCACAGCUAUUGUGCUUCGAAACGCUCUCUUUUUCCUACAGAGAAAUUAUAAAUGCCUGGCCAAGCUUCGUGAGGAGCUUGACGAAGCUUUGGAAGAAGAUGAAGUCAUUGCACCAUACGACAAAGUCAAACACCUGCCAUAUCUCCGGGCAUGCAUAGACGAGAGUCUUCGAAUGCUCCCACCCGUUGUGUUUGGUUUGCCUCGCCGAACGCCCGUGGAAUGUACUUUCAUCCUCAACGAAUAUGUCCCUGGAGAUGUCUCGGUCAGCAUUUCGUCUUUUGUGGUGCAUCACCAAGAGUCAGUUUUCAAGGACCAUAAUAUCUAUAAGCCGGAGCGGUGGUUGGGAGAGGAGGGCAAAUCUCGCAGGCAUACUUUAUCCCCUUCAGUGCUGGGGCGCGAGGCUGCAUUGGCCGGAACAUUAGCUACCUAG